GCCACGGCCCGGUUGCGCGCUCUGGCUGCCGACCAAGCGCCGGGCUAGGGAGACCAGCGGCUGGCACUGGGCCGCAUGGAGCUGCUGGCGCUGCACACGCGGCGGCGGCGGGGGGCGCUGCUCCCGCAGGAGCCGGGAGACCCGGAGCGCAAACGAGUAUGCAAAAGUUUAGAGACCGUUCCAAAUGAGAGUGAUUUUUGCCACCAAUUAAAUGAAUGUGCUAUGGAUUACUGGAGUAUGGAGCUGGAUUCAAAACAGAAAGAUACCACAGAACAAUUUAUUCCUCGAACUCCUAAGGAAAAGCCAAAUUCAGUGAUUUUUCAAAAUCUUGGAAGCAAAGGUGCUGCCCAGCCUUGCGCAAGAUGUAUUGCAGGAGAAUCUGGACACUUCAGCCAUAUUAUGGGCUUCUAGAAGAAGGGAGACUGCAAAGCACCAAUGUUCAGUUUCUGUUUUUAAAACAUAAGCACAUGCAUGUGUAAAUGCCGUACAGCUGGAUUUCUGUACUCACCCAUUCAAUCAAUGUGGAUCUAGAUUUAUUAUACAUUAUGUAAAAUUUUGUGUGUUAUGUUGUAUUUUGAAUGUAAAAAUCCAUAUUCCUUUGUUCUUAUAGUUUAAGAAGUUAUUAGUUCAAAUAAUUUCCAUCUUGAUCCUUUCUUCCUACUCCCUCCCCAAGGCUCGUCACGCAGGCUAGUGUUUCAUUCAGACUUUGGUGUUUUUAGUAGUGGGUAAAGAAAGUCAUGAAAGUAGAUCUGAUUUUGCUUUGUUAUAAGAGUUUAGUUAGCCCAAUGUUGGUCCAAUCCUGCAAACCCUUAGUCCUCUUGCUCCACUUUCUGUUCCUUUUGGGCACCUAUUGGGACACUAGUAGUGACCAUCCUUGUGCUCAGAUGAGAACAGGGACUGCAUCUAAUGCUUUUUCUAGAAACCCAUAGAGCAUAACAAAGCAGAGGUUCUCUUUACACACACACACUCUCUCUCUCUCUCUUCUACGCCUGCACAGAGGCCAAUAACAAUCUGGUCUUAAGCUUGCACUUCUUUGUUCCUCACCAAAAACAUAUCCCCCAUCCAUUUUGCAGAACUUUCCACUUGUUUAUAAAUGAACACAGUUUUACACACACACCUAUCUCUGAAAGAGAAAUACUAUUUCUGCAACAUUCCAGCAUGUGAAAUCGAAUGGUAGCACCUGUGCUAUGCAGUUCCCUGUUCAAAGCUGCCAAGGACACAACCAGUUUGCCACUGCUUGACUCUAGUAGGGAAGACUCACUUGUUUUCCAGUUGUUGGUUUGGUUGCUGGAUCUUGGCCACUGCUGAAAUUGUUUGAACAUUAUUUUAAAUCUCCAUUUCUUGGCAGUAUUAAUUAUUUAUAUUUCAUUUUAAUCAUAUGUAUUAUAUUAAAAAAGUUUUCAGGAAACCUAACAUAGGGCUCAAUAAUGCCAGCAGAGUGAGGAUGAGGGGUGGAUGCACUGUCCCAGGGGUUGCUCUGGGAGGAAUUCACUAGUAGAAGGUUCUGGAGCAGAGGAGGUAUAGCCAGCAUAUUGGGCUUCUGCCUGGGAGGCUGAUGGGCAUAUGGCCCAAACUCUUUCAACUCUCUUUUACUGUAUCAUACCCCAGAAGGUGCACACAGAGAAAUCUCUGAGCUACAGUUGUGCCUCGCUGCUGCUCAAGGGAGGGCUUCCUUUAAGCAGCCAGUCAAACAGUUUAGCCCAAAACAAAGAUUAUGGGCCAGAUCUUUCACUCUAGUUAACCUAUGAUCAACACAGGACCAGAAGAGGCAGUAGGGCAGAGUUGGCAUUGGAACAAUAUUCUGCCUCCGCAGUUCUGGGAGCAUCCAGGGACCAGUUCAACUCCCAGAGCAACUUAGAACUGCAGCCCUGAAGCCCAAGUACACCAGGCUGGUAUUAGCCCUCUAAGGGCUAAUGUACAGCCAGGGAUUGACAGGGCACAAGACAUGCAAACCAAGUCCCCUUCAACCUGCUAGAAUGCCCUUUGUGUUGGGUGGACGUAGAAGGAGCAGAUGAUGUAGGGCUGGCUGUUUCUUAAAAAUACAUUAAUCUUAAAUAAAUUGAUACCACACUGAUGGACAGACACCAUCUAAAGAGCAAAGGCAGACAGGUAAUAAAAAUGACUAGGCAUGAGUUUCUCUGCAAUAAUAGUGCAAGUAGAUGGUCGAAGGUACAAAGGCAUCUGAAAGUUCAGUUAUUGCACAAUGACUCAAACCGUCUUGUGUUUUAUUAAGUAAGGUCUGGUCCACACCUAAAGUUUAUGUCCAUCACUCCUGGGGUGUGAAAAAUUCACACCCCGUAGAGAUGAAGUUAAACCAGUUUAUGCCCCCGUGUUGAAACCACUAGGUCAAUGAAAGAAUUCUUCCAUCAACCUGGCUGCUGCCUCAAAGGGGUUGCCUCUCUACAACUAUCGAAAAACCCAUUACCUCACUGUAGCAAGUGUCUACACUUUCGUGCUACUACAGCACAGCUGCAGAACCGUAGUUGUGCCACUACAGCACCAAUAGUGUACCUAAGCCCUAAAUGUAAUCGUGGGUAUAACACUGGAUAGCUAAAGAAAAGAUAAGGCUAAAGCAACAACAUGUAACCAAAGAAGAGAUGGGACAAAAGCAGCCUUGACUCUCCUCAGGAAUGAGUUUGUGCCAGUAUAUAUUAUCGCAAUAGUGUGUCACCAGUUUUAAACCAUUGGAAGAUAUGUCCUUAUGUAUUAUCAAUUUGGAGAGAUGCUUAUUUGUUAACAAAGAUAUGAAUUCUUUCAGUGAAUCAUCGAUAACAUCCAUACAUAUUUCUUCUGUUUGGCCUAAACUGUUGAUCUUUAAUUAAUUCUGUUAUGAGAUGUGGCAAAAAUGAAGGUCCAAGUAUUGAUCACUGUGCCCUUCAUCAUUUUAUAUCAUGUUCCCGCUAACUCUUCUCCCUUCAGGCUAUACAAUACUUGGUUUCUGUAAUAUCUCACCCUACAGAAAUCACAAGGAUUGGUCCCAGUCCUUGGCUGUAUUACAGAGGGUUGAUUAAGUUAUACUAGGGUUUGAUUAUAAUGGGUUUUUUAUCACUGCUGCUGCACAGUGGGAAGGUAUUUCAUUAUGUUAUCCACAAUGACUCACAAGAUUUCAUCCUUGGACUAUACUGUACCUGUUGAGCCCAACAACAUGAGAAUUUUAGAUUGUUAUUACCACUCUUGCUUGUAACACAAGCAUGGGCCUGUUUCACCAUUGCCCUGUAUCUUGUGUGGUCACUUACAACAGAGUAGAGGAAUAAUAUGCUAGCAAAUCAGACUGGUAGCAUUUUAUGUCUCUUUGCACUGUCUCAUCCUUUAGUGUUUCAGUGAUAGUGUUAUUCAUUUGAAUAGACAUAUAUGUACUUAUGCUACAGUUUAGAAAGUAAAUUAGAUAAAAUCAUAAAAACUACACAAAUUUCAGAAUAGGUUGUAACAAAAAUAGUUAAAAUACAAUUAUAUUUUGCACUGUAUAGCAACAGUAUGAGACGUCUGCAUUUAGGAACAAUACUAGGGCUGUCAAUCGCAGUUGACUCAUGCGUUCAACUCAAAUUAUUUUUUUAAUCG